AUUGACAGUAUUGAUUGACACUACAAUAUCAUUUGAUCAUUCGAUUCAUUAAAUUGCAUUUUGCAUUCCAAUUCAUUUCCAAUGGAUAUAAAAUUAUACUCAGUAUAAAUAACGUAACAAACCUUAGCAGUUGCCAAAUAAUGUGUUACAACGUAAUCAUAUCAAAGUUAGCUCUGAUCUAGGGCGCAAUAUUAUUACAAGGUGCUCAUCAGUGGUAUGAAAAAUGGAAUUUCUAGAAAGGAUCUACCUUAAUAUAAGAAAACAAGUGUCCACCUUACCGGCGCUACCGGUAUCCGUGCCGAAAACUGUUGAUUAUCUUAAUAAAUCAGUUAAUAAAAUUCGGUUGCCUCCAUUCACAAAGGACAAUGUAUUAUACUAUUAUUUACCAAUGCAAGGUCUUGUUAGUUACACAACAUUAUCCAUCAGUGUGAUGAAUCCUCAUCUAAUGAUCAGACUAUUUCCUAGGAGAGAUAUAACUGAUGUAUUAUUCCUCACUGCGGGCAGUGGUGCUGGGUUAUGGCUGUGGGCUCGUCCACAUAUGGCAGCAGCAGCUCCUGCUAGACGUUUUUCAUGGGCAUUUCUAGGUGGAUGUCUGUGGCCACUAGGCUCUAUAUUCCUCUGGGCAAUCCUUAGAAGUUCAGUUGGUCAAAGGCCUGUCAUUGGUACAGUUCUUGGAAUUUCUACAGGAGCUAUGCUUACAAAUAUCGCACUAGAUUAUUUCCAUUAUGUUGAAAUGAUGUUUUGUGGAGAAGUUCAUCUUCCCGAAGAAACAUACACACCUAAUAGUGAUGAUGAAAAAUAUGACAUUGAUAUUUAAAAUUUGUAUUAUCAUAAAUAUUGCUUUUUUCUGAUAAAAGUUGUAAAUAUUGAAAAAAUGUUUGUGAAUGUAUUAUUUGGUGGUAGUUAAGGGAAGUUGCUUUAUAUGUCUGACACUCAAAUGUAUCUCCACUAGUAUUGAAUAUGUUAUUGUGACUUAUUUCUCACUCUAGUCUACUCACUGACUGCUGAAUUAAAUUGUUAAAAUUAUACAAAGCUUUUUUUAUUUUAUAUGUUUUGUACCUAUUGUAGAUACAUUAAAAUUAUGAUUAUCAUAAGAGCAUGUCAAGCCCAACAUUUAUGUAUAACGUAAGUUGUAUUAUGUUGUUUACAUCUCCUUAACGGCUAUGGACAGCUACAGAGUAGACAGGCCCAACUAGUUCUUUUAGGCGAUUGCUUACUAGCCUAUCGCCUAAAAUAUCUUAAGUUUACAAGCCUUUAACUACAUUCAUUCAUAUAAUCACGUCUUUAUCUCUUGCGGGGUAGACAGUCUUGAAAUAUUGGCAACGUUCAGCUGUUUGGCUUAAUGAUAGAAUUGAGAUAUAGAUAAUGACAAGUUGCUAGCCCAUCGCCUACAAGAAGAAUCCCAAGUUUAUAAGCAUAUCUCUUAGUCGCCUUUUACGACAUCCAUGGGAAAGAGAUGGAGUGGUCCUAUUCUUUAUUAUAUUGGUACCGGAAACCACACGAAAUUAUUACCUUGAUAUAUUUUUACAAUCUGCUCUUUACUUUCUUGC